AUGACACUGCGCUCGCCGCCCAUUCAGGAACUCUUCCCGCGGGCGGACGGCUGUGCGGCGCGGGGCGGCGCUUUGCUCGCUCCCGCGCGGGUUGCCCUAAGCGCCUGGGUCACUCCAGGCCCCCGGCGCGCAGCCGCGCGGGCUCCAGGGCGGAACUCGUACGCGCGGAACCUUUCUUCCCUGCCCCCGGGUGCCGCGGCCCGGCCGGCGGGAAAUGCGUCAGGGACCGCGCCGCGCCGCAGCCCCUCGGCCUCGGUCGCCCCGGUAACGCGCGGCGGGCGGCAACCUCACCAUGAGCCCGCGGAGGAAGGCCCGCGGGAGGCGGCGGCGCGGCGGCCGCCGGGCCAGUGCUCGGUGCUGCUCUUCCCGGGCCAGGGCAGCCAGGUGGUGGGCAUGGGCCGGGGGCUGCUCCGCUACCCGCGCGUCCGCGAGCUCUACGCCGCCGCCCGCAGCGUGCUGGGCUACGACCUGCUGGAGCUGAGCCUGCACGGGCCGCAGGAGGCCCUGGACCGCACCGCGCACUGCCAGCCCGCCGUCUUCGUGGCUUCGCUGGCCGCCGUGGAGAAGCUGCAUCACCUGCAGCCCGCGGUUAUUGAGAACUGUGUUGCUGCUGCCGGAUUCAGUGUGGGAGAAUUUGCAGCCCUAGUGUUUGCUGGAGCCAUGGAAUUUUCUGAAGGUUUGUAUGCGGUGAAAGUCCGAGCAGAGGCCAUGCAGGAAGCCUCGGAAGCUGUCCCCAGCGGGAUGUUGUCUGUCCUCGGCCAGCCUCAGUCCAAGUUCACCUUCGCCUGUUUAGAAGCCCGGGAACACUGCAAGACUUUGGGCAUAGAGAACCCCGUGUGUGAGGUGGCCAACUACCUCUUUCCUGAUUGCAGGGUGAUCUCAGGACACCUGGAGGCGCUGCAGUUCCUCCAGAAGAAUUCCUCCAAGUAUCACUUCAGACGCACCAAGAUGCUGCCCGUUAGCGGGGGGUUCCAUACCCGCCUCAUGGAGCCAGCCUUGGAGCCCCUGGCACAAGUUCUAAAGUCGAUUGGCGUCAAGAAGCCUCUGGUUUCCGUCCACUCGAACGUCGAUGGGAAUAGAUACAUGCAUCCCAAACACGUCCAGAAACUGCUGGUGCGGCAGGUGGUCUCCCCGGUGAAGUGGGAGCAGACGAUGCAUGCCAUAUACGAGAGGAAGAAAGGCACGGAGUUCCCCCAGACUUUUGAAGUGGGCCCUGGGAAUCAGCUCGGAACCAUCCUGAAGAGCUGUAACCUGCAGGCUUGGAAGUCCUACAGGCACGUGGAGGUGCUGGAGGACGACGGGACUUAGACCAGGCCCCCCGGCGGAUCUCCUGGUGCCCGAGGCGGCGGGGGCGCAGCUUGGGAGGCAGAAGGGGACCCAGGAGGGGCUGCAGCGGGCCUGGACCUGCCCUGCCUGUCCCUAGGCUUCCUCCUCCAAGUGAUUGGGAGGCAGUGUUUGCAAAGUGGUUUGAAGGCCACAUAAAAAGCACUAGAAGUGAGUAUUUCUUUACCUGCCAAGGUCCGUUUCUCCCCCAGGUCUAUUCCAAGGCUGGGGAGAAAGCUGCAGCUAGGCCAGAAGAGUCUGCCCGGAGGCAGACCUCACACCCCUGGGCUCUGGUGGCUCCUCUGCGGCCCGUGGCCUGUCACUCCACCCACAGCCAGAAUCUCAGCCCUUUCAUCACGGAAAGCAAAGGGCUUUCAGACACAACCGGCCUGGGCAGCCAUCCUGUGCACCCCACUCUCCAUAGUUGGGAGACUCGGUCCCACAUUUGUUUAUCUACCCAACAGAUGGUAUUGAGCACCUGCUGUCUACCUGUAAGCAAGUGGCGUCUGCCCUGGUGGGGAAGAGAGUCCGUAGCCAGGCGGGAAGGGUCUGGGGAGGCCGGCUGAGGGCCCUGUUUCCUCCCCCGCCCCCAGGCAGCCCUGCAGACAGUGAUCGCUAAGUGUCUACUCUGUGUCCGUGACCUCCCUUGGCACAGGCCACCCCCCUAGCGCCUCUCUGCCCCCUCCACACCGUAGCAGAGCGCAGGCUCUCAGUGGACGCCGCUCCUGCGCUGAUACUGAAUAGGAGUCAUUCUAAGCUCCUCGGUGGCUUUUUCCUUCAUCGGUGAUAGUGGUAAACCCAUCCAGAUACGGGA